AUGGCACUGACCCAGGAAUCCGUGUUGGGUUUCCUGCUGGAGCACGGAGGCAAAGUGAGAAACUCUGAGCUGGUGAACCAGUUCAGGAGCCUCAUCAACAGCGGCGAUCCCGCGGAAAAGCAGCACAAUAGAGAGCUGUUCAAGAAGCUGGUGAACAGCGUCGCAGUGGUCAGACAGAUCGACGAGGUGAAGUUCGUGGUGGUGAGGAAGAGGUACCAGGACUUUGUGAAGGAGGAGGUCUGCCUACAGGCGCAGAUGGAGCAGAGCUUCUGCAGUCUGAACACCAGCAAUAAUGCACGCCGCUCUUCAAGUGUAAGCAAAUACUACAGUGAUGAUAAAAUCUGUGCGGAGAGUUUGCAGGAAAGUAGGCCUUUAUCCGCCGCGGAUUCAACCACUGUUAAAGUCCUGAAUAUCUCCGGAGAUCAGCAGUGCAGAGCGGGUAAAUCUGGCGCUGUGUUCGCUGUCAUAGCAGUAAGAUCCCCAGAGAAAGACUCUGCAGCAGGUGCAGGGGACGGAUCUCUCUCCCAGAUGCAUCAGCAUGGAAACCCGGACAAACCAGUCAUUAGAGUUUCCUCACUCCCAUCUCUAACUUCUAACUCCUUGUCUCAGCAGAGGAAUUUAAUAAAAGAGCCCCAGUGUUGGAAAUCCAAGCAGACAGAGGUCAACCAGGCCCCAGGCUCUCCCCCGGCGAGGGCCCAAAACAGGACCCUCAGACAGGCUGAUGAUGCCAAAUACACUGAGUCUGUGCCUUUGGAGCCAAUGGCCCACAAGUGGCUUGUGAAGUGUGCUGCUGGGCUGUGGGGACAAAUAUACGCCUUACUGCUGCAGGACACACGCUUAGCACAAAGGAAGGACUUCAUGUCAGGUUUCACAGCCUUGCACUGGGCCGCCAAGGAUGGCAGCUGGGACAUGAUACACAAGCUCAUGGAUGUUUCCAGCAAAAGAGGCACAUAUGUGAAUGUCAACAGCAAAGCACAUGGAGGAUACACGCCUUUGCACAUUGCAGCCAUGCAUGGACACGCUGAGGUUAUAGUUGCUCUCGUGCAGCGAUAUGGAGCAAGUGUGAAUGAAAGAGACAAUGAUGGCAAGAAGGCGCUUCACUAUCUGGGCAAAGGUGCAUCGGCUGAGGUCAGGGCCCUGCUGGGUGGACCGCAGCAGAGUGAAGAAAAGACGGAGCAUGAGGAAUACAAAGAGCAUGCAAGAGGAUUCAACACCAUCAGCAAACUGUUCCACCCUCACUUAGGAAAGAAACAUAAGACAUGUAGGUUUGCUCAUGAGUGGUAA